UACCGGGUGUUAUUAGCGGCCGUCGUGAGUUCCCUUCGGGAACGGACACGAUAAUUUACUCUUUUUUUUACUGUGACUCAUUUGCGUAGAUCUACUGGGUGUGACCAACUUGUCCAAGAGUAAAUGGGAGCGUAUGCAGUCUUGCUGCAACGAUACGUGUUACUUUACUUGACGGCAGCCUGGCCCGUAGUUCGUAACGAACAGAUUGAACCUACGUGUACGCGUGUGUGACUGAGCGCUGCGGCGUGAUCCUGAACAAAUGACUUGCCUUUGCUCCAUAUGGCCAUGGGGGAGUGAUCAUGCCGAUGGGCGCGCGGGAGCGAGCACCAGCGGAGAAUGAUUAAUUGGAUAACGUCUUGUAGAGGUCCAUUCGUUGCUCUGUAUCCACUGGACCUUGCGAAAAGUUGCAAUCGUCACUUGAGGGUGCGGAUGAUAUUUUCUCCAAAACAAUCCGUCAUUGUAUGAAUGGGCUUGUGGCAAUGCCACUGGCAAGGACAAGGACUGGCGGUGACGACCGCACACAUACCACCGCACUGCCCCUAGACGGAAUAUCCUUGAACUCGUGGUCGUUUUCGAGCUGCGGACACGUUCUGCUCUGGCGAGUAGUGGCUUUGUGGCUCGCUGUCCUCAUUAUCGUGCUCGACGGAGUGAACUGUGUGGAAGACUGCUCGCAGAUCCAGUGUCUAAACGGUGCAAGCUGUGAGCCAGGUCCACCGUCUAAAUGUGUGUGUCUUCCGAACUUUUCCGGACAGCUAUGCGAGUUUGAAUCACUGUGCAUAGAAGUACCACCACCCAUCCGCGGAACAGUGCUGUACACGACAGCACCGCGAUACACUAACUUCUCCGUCUCUGCAGCCCAGUACACGGUGGGCACUGUAGCUCAGUAUCAGUGUCAGGAAGGUUUCAAAACCACCGCGUUUGACCUGAUCAGUACUUGCCGGAGUAGCGGAUUGUGGGACCCGCCACCGCCCACCGAAUGUCAAUUCACUUGCAAUGCCACUAGUUGCCCGUCGGUCGAGGACACGAACCGUCGCUUCACGCAAUGCUGUGCGCUGGAUGACCGGCCUGUGGGAUGCUGCCGGAACGUCACGAAAAUCCUGCUUGAGGACCGCUUUCACAGCAUUACCGGAAACUGCCGCUUUGCUCUGCAACGAUCCCUGGUGCCGUGUGAACGUGAGCUAGCCAGCUGCUACGAAUCCCUGGCGACGUACAACUACAGCUGUCCAGAUCUGCAUGGGUGCAAGUCGCGCAUCGAUAACCCGGAGAAUAUCUCCAGUGCCUUGACCUGUGAGCCGGUUGCCGGUCCUGGAGCAGAGCUGUGUCAGAGCAACUGCAACGGUUUCUACUGCUUGCAGCGCGAGCACUACUGCCUGCCAAAGUCGUGCGUCAGCUCACAGGCCCUGGCGCAGAUUGCACUCAGCGAAACACGCAUGAACUGUGACCUGGAGAAGAUAUUUCUGGGAGUGAGAACGUGCAGUGGAACGCUAGUCAGUGUCAAGUGCUAUGGCGGUGGUCAAGGGUCAGCAAGUACACUGAUAGGCAACUGCACAUCAGCAACAUGUCCGACCAGUACGAACCCUGAGCGAUCUGUGUGCUGCAUGCUGCAAGGACAACCAGUCAGCUGCUGCACAACUGGCAUCUCGCAGCUGUUGACAAAUCGUUUCCGUUACAUCUCCGGCCAGUGUGCAGCCGACUUGGGACGCCAGUUGCAACCCUGCGCUCAUCGGCUGGUGCAGUGCCUGAACGACCCCAUCAGCUUCAACUUUACUUGCCCAGAUAGUCAUGGCUGUCUUGUCAGUGAAGAGACACCAUCACAUUGCGAGAAAUUUGUAGGUGCCGGUUCGCAGUGGUGUACCUCAAAGCGUUGCAGCGCCAUUGGCUGUGUGACAACGUCCUUCUGCAUGUCCAAGGCCUGCAAUGUUCUGGAACAACGCUACAGGAUGGCCCAGUCCGACGCCCUGCUCAAGUGCGACAGCGAUAUAACCUUCUCAAGAAAACACUGCUUUUAUGCGAAUAGCACAAUAGAAUGCAGUGGUGAUAAUGUUCAAGUACAGGCAUCUACAACAGAUGGUUGCACUGACGUCCUUGCAGAUGAUCCAGAUGCAUUUUGCACAAAUGUAAAUGGGUCACCGGAGUGCUGCAAGAUUGGCAGUGUGUCGCUCGGAUGUUGUUCAGAAAGAACUAAGUCCACUGUGCAGCGCCUACGCACCUUAGUGGAGUCAGCGACAUGCAACCAAGCGCUGAUUGCGCUACUACGCCCCUCCGGCGAGGAUUUUGUCACCAGUCUUCAGUCAGGACUACUUGGCAGUGCACUGCUGUCGGCAGUUCCAACUUUCGGACCGACCACUGGUGCUAACUUGACCGCAUCGCAAUGUGCUCGGCUGCUUGGGGAUAGGGCAAUGAACUGUACACUGUCCAUUGUUGAGGCGUCUUCGGCCGAGUACCAGCAGCCUGUGACAUUUUGCUUACCGCCCACCUGUGCAGACACGUCUACAUUAAUACAGGUUGGCCAGUCAGAGAUCUUCUUCAGAUGUCUUCUGCUGAGUCCGCCAUGCCCUCUCGAGCAGUGGUCACUGGUUUGUCAAGACAUUACUGGCAAUGUUACGCGACACGCCACGGAAGAAGAGACGACGGGCACACCUGACACGUCCAAUGCACACAUCGCAGUAGCAAUCGGCUGCAGCGUGGGCGGCGUAUUGCUGGUUGCACUCCUGUUCCUGCUGAUCAUCUAUGAGACGCGGCGAAGAAGCAGUGAGAGACUCGACGAUAAACUGGAACUUACAGACAAUCCUGCGCGGCACAAAUAACCAUUCGCGCAUAUUGCACUUUGUCGCUGGAUCUCGAGUCUGAACAGUUUGUAGGGGUACACAGUGAUACCGUCUGAUGAUUGAUUUCUUGACCUACCGGUAGUUUUGUUGGAGCCUCUCAAGAUCCGCUGACAGUAUAUUUUGAUCAUGUUGACAAACUACUACACAUACGUGACAAGAUCACUUCUAAGUAUAGAAAGGUGUACGAGAACACUCUCGUUGCUGUUGGAAAGGUAGAAUCUCUUUGCACUUGAAUGCUGAAGGGCAUUUAUUUAUUUCUGCUGCUAAUAUUCCACCUACUUCACUGACAUGGCCCAAGGUCUGAGAACACGUAUAAAACUGUAAAUUAUGAUAGAAUUAUAUGCAUAGAUGCUAGCUGUCCCCCCCCCCCCCCCUCAUAAAGUAUAACCGAAUGACUAUAAUAGCGCAGGUUUGGACAUUUUGAAUUUUUCUCUCACCAGUAAUGGCAUCAUGGCUACUUGUGUAGAAUACGUCACACCUAUUUCACUCGAAGUAAGUUAAUUAAUAAAAACUCGGUUGUUGAGCCAAUAGUAA